UGAUAAUGCUAAAUUUUACCUGUAAAUAUUUACCCCAACAUUCAUUUAAAAAGAAUUCACGAUAUUAACCCGAAAAAUAUAAAAGAAAAAUAAAGAGAGAGAAAAAUAGAGUUUUGAGCGUUGUAAAAAUCUCCCGGGAAGUUCUCAAUGAAGGAAGGCCGGUGGAAGGGAAAAAGGAUGGCCGAUGGUCCACGGGUCCCACUAUCUCCGGUUUCCCGGCGUACCUCCUCCACCGCCGAUCUCAAACCUCCCAUCCCCCUUCCGUUUUCCUUCCAUUCUCGUAAAUCCCACAACAGAAAACCCUCGAUUUUGCUUCUUUUCGCCGAUUUAAGAAGAACAAGCCGCCGCCGCCGCCGGAGAAAUCAUCAUCAAAAUUUCCAACCAUCGACACCAAUAGCAAAUCAAUUAUAUGAUUCCGGUACCGCGCUCCGAUGGACCCUUCGACCCUUUUGGCAGUUUGGGUUUGGAUCUAUCUGACUCCGAGCUCCGUGAAACCGCCUACGAGAUUUUCGUCGCGGCUUUUCGAAGCCCCGGCGGCGGUAAGCCGUUGAGUUUUGUUUCUCGUUCGCCGGCGAAAGUACCGGAAAAAGCCCCACCGGGGCCAUCGCUUCAGCGGUCAUUGACAUUUACGACGGUCAGUAAGGUGAAACGGUCAUUGGGUAUAAAUUCUCCGAAGAAGAAAAAGGGUUCCGGUUCUGCUCCGACGAGUCCGUCGUCCAAGGAGAAUCGGCCGGCGGCAAUUGGUGAAACGAUGAGGGUUCAGAUGAAGAUUUCUGAACAAACUGAUUCUAGGGUUAAACUUGCCUUAAUGAAAAUCGCCGCUGGCCUGCUUGGCAGGCGAAUCGAGUCGAUAGUUUUACCCGUAGAACUUUUACAGCAGUUUAAAUCCGCUGAUUUUCCGACUCAACACGAAUACGAAGAGUGGCAAAAACGAAAUCUAAAGAUCCUCGAGGCCGGAUUGUUGCUUCACCCCAAAAUCCCUCUCGGCAAAAACAAUUCAUCUGCUCGACAGCUUUCCGAAAUCAUACACGAGGCUUAUGAAUGUCCCAUGGUGACAGGAAAACACAGUGAAGAAGUCAAGACUUUACGUGGAGUCGUGAAAUCGCUCGCCUCUAGAUCAUUUGACACCGAUGAUUCCGAUAUGUGCCAUUGGGCGGAUGGGAUCCCAUUGAAUCUUCGGCUAUAUCAGCUCCUUCUCGAAGCUCUUUUUGAGAUCGAUGAUCCAACGGUUAUAGUCGAUGAAGUCGACGAGAUUUUAGAGUACAUAAAGAAGACGUGGGGUAUUCUCGGACUCGAUGAAAAGAUUCAUAAGCUUUGUUUCUUGUGGGUUUUGUUCAACCGUUACAUUGCUACAGGCCAAGUCGAGAAGGAUUUGCUCUUUGCGUGCGGUAACUUGUUGUUGGAUAUCAAAGAAGAUGCCGGUUUUGCGGGUUUCGAUUCGAAGUAUUCCAAGAUCUUGAAGUCGACGUUGAUUUUGAUUUUAGAUUGGGCGGAGAAAGGGCUUUUGGCGUAUCGUGAGUUCUUUUAUAGAGGCAAUAUCGAUUUGAUGCAUAUCAUUCUAUCUAUUGCGUUAUCGGCGGCUGAAAUGGUGGCGGAAGAAUGCCCGUGUGAUCACGGUACAUGGAAAACAAAUAACGUAGCGAGUGCCAAAGUUGAUACUUACAUUAGAUCAUCGAUGCGAAAGGCGUUUAAUCAGGGAAUGGAGAAGCUACGCCUUAGCAGAAGACCGGCAAAACGACCACAAGCUCAUUUUAAUCAACUUCCCGCUCUUUGCGUGAUCGCCCAAGAGAUUACCGAUCUAGCUUUUACCGAAAAGGAAAUAUAUUGUCCAAUACUAGAGAAAUGGCAUCCGCUUGCUGUCGGUGUGGCGGUGGCAACUCUUCAUUCUUGCUUCAGACAAGAAGUGAAAGCAUUCAUCUCGGGAAUCAAUGAUCUAACCCCGGAUGUUAUACAAGUGCUCAUAAUGGCCGAUAAGUUGGAAAAAUGUUUAGUACAAAUGGCGGUAGAAGAUUCGUUCAAUAGCGAAGAUGGUGGGAAGUCGAUAAUCCAAGAAAUGGAUCCUUAUGAAGCCGAAGCCGUGAUUGCUGAUUUGGUCAAAUCUUGGAUACAAACGAGAGUUGAUAGACUUACGGAAUGGGUUGAUAGAAACUUGCGAAAAGAGGUUUGGAGCCCAACGGUAAACCAAGGGCGAUUUGCGCCUUCCGUGGUGGAGGUUCUGAGAACUAUCGGUGACACGUUGGAAGCGUUCUUUUUACUACCGAUACCGAUGCAUGCAGCAUUGCUACCGGAUUUGACAAAUGGUCUUGAUAGAUCCCUUCAAGAUUACAUUUCGAAGGCAAAAUCUGGUUUGGGAACUCGAAGCAGUUUUCUUCCAAAAGUGCCCUCUAUGACCCGAUAUAGCGGUGAAUCAAAGACCAACGGUGUGUUUGACCAGAGUGACGAGUCCCAAGUUGAAGAUCAGAAAAGUUCAAAACAAGGUGAUGAUUCUUGCGGCAUACCUCAGUUAUGUGUUCGAAUUAAUACUUUUCUUUACGUUCGUAAAGAAUUAGAAGUUUUAGAGAAAAGGGUGAUCGCCCAGUUACGAAGCACCGGACCAACUGAGGGCAGUAUUGUAAAUGACUAUCGAAUAAGCUUCAAGCGAUCUUUGGCUGCUUGUGUAGACGGGAUUCAAGAUCUCUGUGAGAUAACUGCAUAUAAGGUCGUUUUUCACGAAUUAAAUCACGUUUUCUGGGAUGGUUUGUAUGUGGACGAAGCCUCGGCUUCAAGAAUCGAGCCUUUUCUUCAAGAACUGCAGCAGAAUCUUGAAAAAAUAGCGGAAAUUAUACAAGAGGAUACGGUUAAGACACGGGUGAUUACGGACAUUAUGCGAGCUUCAUACGAUGGGUUUUUGUUGGUGUUGCUUGCCGGAGGGCCUUCUCGUAAUUUCACUCGUGAAGAUUCAGCGAUCAUAAAAGAAGAUUUCAAUCUUCUUGUCGAUCUUUUCUGGUCUCACGGUGACGGAUUGCCGACGGAUUUGAUAAACAAAUUUUCGGCCACCGCAGAACGCAUACUCCCCCUUUUUUCUACAGACACCGAGAGCCUUAUCGAGCAAUUCAAAUAUUUAACCGCUGAUAACAACGGUCGUUUGACGGAACCCACGGCUCUGACUUCCGGUCAAUGGGACCCAACCGAACCCGAUACGAUCUUGAGAGUUCUGUGUCAUCGUAACGAUAAGGCGGCCUCCAAGUUUCUUAAGAACAGACCCUGUUGAUUUUGGUAGACGACAAAUGGGGUAAAGGGAGAAAGUUCGAAUAAAGAACCAUAAAUAUCUUGAGAGCUGUGAAAACCAGUAUACGCAUGCAGACAGAAUUUCAGUCGUGAACAUGAUUUUUCCAUUGCAAAGCGAGGAGCAACCGAGAGCAAGACACGUGUUCUCAUUCGUCUGAACAACGAACGUGAUCUUUUUACAACAUUCGUUAUGAAUGUUACAGUAUUCAUAAUGAAUGUCCUGGACACUUGACGUGCAUUCAUUGGCCCUCCAGUUCGCAAUAUAUAUAUAUACACACACACACAUUGGUGUAUAUACUCGCUGAAAUUCAUACAGUGUAGAUGUAUCAUUUAUAUACAGGUUCUUAU